AUGAAAUUGAUCAACAGGGUUCAGUACUACCGCCUCGCCAGAUCAGAGAAAACCUGCGAAAUUAAGACAAGGGCUUGUGGCGCAAACAGUUGGUCAUCAAUCUGUGAAGAGGCCUACCGCAUCUGCACCGGCAUCUUCCAUAGAAUCGUUGUGUCCAAACCAGGCCUAAAUUACUACGACAUCCGCAAAAACUGCACCGGCUCUCUCUGCUACGACUUCUCAAACGUGGAGACUUUUCUCAACGACAAGGCGGUUCAGAAGGCGUUAGGCGUGAGAGAUAUAUACUUCGUCCCCUGCAGCUCCAAAGUUUAUGAGCUCAUGUUCCCGGACAUGAUGAAGAAUUUCCAAGUGGGGCUUCCGACAUUGCUGCAAGAUGGGAUCAAGCUACUCAUAUAUGCCGGGGAAUACGAUCUCAUCUGCAACUGGCUAGGAAAUUCCAGAUGGGUCGAGAACAUGCAGUGGUCGGGCCGGAAACGGUUCGUGUCGGGUAAAUGGGUUCCAUUCAAGGUCGGCGGCGUGGCGGCGGGGUUGAGGAAGAGCUAUGGAGGUCUCACUUUCUUGAAGGUGUAUAAUGCAGGUCACAUGGUUCCAAUGGAUCAGCCCAGAGCUUCGUUGGAGAUGCUGAGGAAAUGGAUGCAGGGCCUGUUUGACUACUGA